AUGGAGGCGGACGGGAGCCAGGCUACCUCGGGGAGCCCCGGAGAGGCGCAGCACGACCCCGGCAAGAUGUUCAUCGGCGGCCUCAGCUGGCAAACCUCACCAGACAGCCUUAGAGACUAUUUUAGCAAAUUCGGAGAAAUUAGGGAGUGUAUGGUCAUGCGGGACCCCACCACCAAGCGCUCCAGAGGCUUCGGGUUCGUUACGUUCGCGGAUCCGGCGAGUGUAGACAAAGUCCUGGCUCAGCCGCACCACGAGCUGGACUCCAAGACGAUUGACCCUAAAGUUGCGUUUCCCCGACGAGCACAGCCCAAGAUGGUCACAAGAACAAAGAAAAUAUUUGUAGGUGGAUUAUCGGCUAAUACAGUAGUGGAAGAUGUGAAGCAAUACUUUGAACAGUUUGGCAAGGUAGAGGAUGCCAUGCUAAUGUUUGACAAGACGACCAACAGGCAUAGAGGAUUUGGCUUCGUAACUUUUGAAAAUGAAGAUGUGGUGGAAAAAGUCUGUGAAAUUCAUUUCCACGAAAUCAAUAAUAAAAUGGUAGAAUGUAAGAAAGCACAACCUAAAGAAGUGAUGUUUCCACCAGGGACGAGAGGAAGGGCACGUGGAUUGCCAUACACCAUGGACGCUUUCAUGCUAGGGAUGGGAAUGUUGGGUUACCCGAAUUUUGUUGCAACAUAUGGCCGAGGAUAUCCUGGAUUUGCCCCAAGUUACAGUUAUCAGUUCCCAGGUUUUCCAGCAGCGGCUUAUGGACCAGUAGCAGCGGCAGCCGUGGCAGCAGCAAGAGGAUCAGGUAGGGGGGCCCGUGGAAGAGCAAACCCUCAGAGUGCAGGGUCAGUCUUGAAUAGCUACAGUGCUCAACCGAAUUUUGGCGCACCCGCUUCCCCGGCAGGCUCCAACCCAGCUCGGCCCGGAGGCUUCCCCGGUGCCAACAGCCCCGGGCCCGUCGCGGAUCUCUACGGCACGGCCAGCCAGGACUCCGGCGUGGGUAACUACAUAAGUGCAGCCAGCCCGCAGCCGGGCUCCGGCUUCGGACACGGCAUCGCCGGACCUUUGAUUGCAACGGCUUUUACAAAUGGAUACCAUUGAAACGUUACACAUGGUUGGUUGCCAUCUCACUUGGAGAGUCUCUCUGGAUGUCCGGGCAAGACAGGGCGAAGUUUCUGAAGGGCCCCACGGUUGGGUGAUCUCAUCAGACUUUGAGCACUACAUCAUCAUCAUCUUCAUCACCAUCAUCACCACCAUCACCGCCAAGGCAAACUGGAGGUGGCACUGAAGGACUUGGGUUGUUUAAAAUCUCUCUCAUCAUCUCAUGAAUCUGCUGUACUAUAAAAACAACAGCUUUUAAAAGUAUGUAUAUAAAACCCAUUUCUUGUUCGUUUUAUUUUCUCGAUGGGUUCCCCCCUCCUCUUUUUAAGCCUCUCCAAACCCACAUCCUUUCAUAGCCUUUUUGACAUAGUCUCGUAGCCACGUAGUCAGAAUUCUUUGUGUAUGUAGCUAGAACCUAACCAUAGUGUAA